GAAGGCUCGUCCCUUAGCCGUAACCGUAAAUGGCUUUGCCAAACUGCUCGGCCUUCCCAACUCGCAGCUCUGUCCUCAAACCCCACUCCCCACUCUUCUUCCAUUCCCUGGGAGCCCAUUCUUCUCUUCCAAUUCCUAAUCCUAAGCAAAAUCCACAAACCUUCAAUGGUGAUUCUCCAGGUGGGGGCGCUCUCCAGUCCCUUUGCGUGAGUAAGAGGGAGCUCGGCCUCUCGAUUCUUGCAGCUUUGCUUAAUGGGUCCCUCCCCAGGACUGCUCUGGCUCAAGACUUGGAGCUGGAGAGGUACACAGACUCAAUGGCGGGGUUCACUCUUCUCAGACCCUCUUCUUGGAUUCAGGUGGAUAAGGCAGGGGCAACCGUGCUGUUUGAGGAGCCCAAUAAUGGAAUUAACAAUGUAGGGGUGGUGGUGAACCCUGUUCGUCUCACGAGCCUCGGAGAAUUUGGUAGUCCCGAGUUUGUUGCGGACAAGCUCAUACAGGCGGAAAAGCGCAAAGAAAGUACAAAGGAGGUAGAAGUGAUUGGAGUUGCGGAGAGAUCUGGUCAGGGAGGGUUACAGGUUUACGAAGUUGAGUACAAAGUUGAUAGCACCAGAGGAGGAAUGAAGAGGAUAUUUUCAGCUGCAUUUGUGGCCUCUAGGAAGCUCUAUCUAUUGAAUAUUGCUCACUCAGAUAAGCCAGAGAGCCCUCUCGAUGCCCAAACAAGAGCGAUGCUGGAGGAAGUUCUUCACUCCUUUGACUACGCUCCCACGACUUAACCAUUUGAAUUUGUUUUAACCCGAUUCAUUUCCAAAUUAUGCUUUCGAUACAGUUCUCAAGGCCUAUCAGGUAAUGGUAUAUUCCUCAACCUGCUUUCACCUUUGCAAGAGAACCCGUUCUAGGAGAUGAAUACGUAAAUGCUUGCUAAUACCAGUUACACGAACAUAGCAAAUUCGUCAAAAAGAUCAUCAAAGGGAUCUCCAAGACUCUCUUUUGUUCUGAACCAUUGCUGUUUCUGUCAUCCGAUAUAUAAUCCGCACUUAGAAAGGGAAAAAAAAUCAUUUGAAUAUAAAAUUGUAAAGUUUGAUUGAAUAUUUGGAAGCAAUGGCAUAUACAUUCCUCUUAGUACUGUA